AUGGACAAUACAGACAUGAGUUCAGUGUGGACACCAGCCGAUGCUCCUCCCCGUCUUGAUAGAUUCUGCCAUCUGUCUGUAGAUGCACAACGUGUAAUGGCCUCCUUGUUCUCUGAUUUCCACCAACAGAGAGCAGAAAUGAUCAUGCAACAAGCGCAGACACCAGGAGUUGCUGAUCCACAAAAUUACUACAGGUCAAUCUAUGAGGCAAAAUUUGGAAAAUAUGUUGGACCAAAGUCAACAACACCUGCUUCCAAGACUUUAAAUUCUAGUGGUAUGAUGCCAAAUUUGUCAUCUACUGUACCACUUCAUUAUUCCAAUUUAAUGAUGGACAAUUCAGUCAGUAUGAACACUACUACUUCUGCAAAUCUUGAAAAUGGAUCUAAUAAUGCACAAUUGAUUGCAAGAAAACUCAACUUCUCUCAAAUCAGAAAGAACAAUUUGAUUUUUGAAGAGAACAACUUUCAGAUGAAGAAGAAUGUUUUUGCUUUUUCUGAUAAUGAUGAACCUAAAUCCACAAGGUACCAAAAGAAACCUGUGGCAUUGAGCCAAGACACCAGUAAUUACUCUGAUUCGCCACCGGUGGAGACCCAAGAUUUCCGACUUCUAUCUCAGUUUCAUGAUGAGGACAAUCUGAAGGAUACCUAUGAGUAUGAAGGAGCAUCAGAGGCUAUUCCCAUAGAGAAUAAUAGAAAUGUAAAUGAUCAGUUGAAUACUGAUGUAUCUAAUGUCAGGAAUGGUUGUUUGCUCCCAUCCUUGGCAUCUUUUCGAAUUGUUGAUGAUGAAAAUGAAACUGACAUUAGUGGACCAUGUAUAAUUCAUAAAAAUGACUAUACCAAGGCUAAGAACAAUAGCUCUACAAGGAGAAAUAAAGAAGAUGACAUGAGAAGAAGAGAUACAGCCAUAGAUAAAUAUUAUGUAAUGGGAGAAAGAAUUGAAUCUAGUUUGAUAAGAACCGACUCCGAUGGUGGCCAGGGAAUGAAUACUGCAGACAAAGACAGCAUUGAUCCAUCUCAAUGUUUAUUUUCACAAGAUAUACCAGUUAAGCAACGGAACAGAAAUAAGAAAGCAAAGCCUCUUGGUGGAAAAACUGUAUCAGAGGUUCAACCAAUAAAAUUUGGAGACUCCAAUAAAACGACCAGUGUGAGUUGUACAUCUUCUAAGUUUCAAGAGUUUAGCCCAGAUUUCAACAUUGGCAAUUUCCAAUUUAGUCCAGUUUUUGUCAGUGAUACAGAGAUAAAUCCACAUUCUGUCCUCAACCAAAAUGGAGAUAAUUCGGAAGCAAAUUUGGCUUUCAUUAAGGGAGAUCAUUCAUACACAGUGUUUGCUUUCAACAAAAAGGGAGGUAAUUCAGAUGCACUGUCUGCAAUCAAAACGAAUAUAGGUGAUCCUGAAUCAAGAAAAGCUGAUGAAAUCAUUGCAAGACAGCAAAAUAAGGCAUCUGAGUUGAAGAAUGAAUGUGAACAAAUGAAUUUAAACACAGAAAGUCCAUAUUCAACAUCUCCUGGUGUGGUCAAGAGAAAUCUGGUGAAGCAGGGAACACUUGCUGGGUUUUUAGAUGAUAAUUUAACAGAAAUGCAGAAAAAUAACCAGCCCGAUGGAAGAAAAUUCACAGUGACUACAUCUGAAAACCCAUUGGAUAAAAACUCAAAGGGUCUGUUCCCAGUAUUUUUAAAGCCAGGAGCUUUUUCAGGGAACAAAGGCCCAACUCAAGUGACAGGCAGCAAGAAAAGACCUACAAGCAACCCAGGGUUUAGUGUGCCAGUAAAGAAGCCAAGGAAAGAGGAUCAGUCUUACAAAAUAAAGCCAGGGCGCUCACAGCAUAAAAACACCAUUGAUCUCGGUGAAUCAUCAAGGGAAGUAAUUGAGCAAGUUCAGGAGACAAUACUGAGCAGCUCGACUGUAGUUAUCUCCCUUGUGUAUGCGGACCAUUCCACGCAGCUUCGGGAAAAUGUUUUUGGUCAUGAAAAUAAGAAGAAAUCAGCUGUUGGGAAGGCCAAGAAGACUUCAGAUGUUGAAGGUGUGGCAGUGAUGCCUCUUGGUUGCCAUGGAAACCAGUUGGCUGUGUUCCCUACCAGGUUUAGAGAUGAGGAUAGGAAGGUGUUAUUUAAAAUCUUCUGGGAAAAGUUUCUCGGGCAGAGAUCUAUUACCAAGAUUGGAAUGCAUUUGAAAGACACUCUGAUUGAGAUCCUCCAUGCUCAUGGCUUCUGUCAUGACAAAGUGUCCCCAGACUGGGUACUGUAUGAUGUCGGUGUGGGAUGGUGGCUGUUGGAUCCAGACAAACCAGUCAACAGCUUCCCACAGCUCCUUACAGCAUUACAUAUGCCUCAACAGGCACCUAGUGAGUCCAGUCUCUCAGCCCUUUCUGGUGAUAUGGCCCUGCUUGGUGUUGCCUGGAACAGAGUUAAACAGAAGUUGGAGAACUGUGGCCUUUGGUCCCUGUACCAUGACCUUGAGGCCCCACUGACCCCUUUAUUGGCUGCCAUGGAGAUGAGGCCACUCACCGUGGCAACGCACACACUCCUACAGCUUUCUGACAUUCUCAAGAAGAAGCUGGUACAGUUGGAGCAACAGGCCCACAAGGCAGCUGGCCGGGUGUUCCUUCUCAGCAGUCACCAUCAGCUUAGACAGGUGCUCUUUGAGGAGCUCAAACUUGACCUCAAGCUUCCAAACCGUGCCAAACUGGCAAAGACUUCAGUUGGCAAGGAGACGUCAACUUCCGAGGCAGUGCUUACACAGUUAGCUCCCUUACAUGAUCUUCCAGCCAUUGUGUUGGAACAUAGACAGCUACAGAAGCUAAAGUCUACCUACAUAGAUGGUAUGCUAUCCUGUGUCCGUGAUGGAGCUCUCUACACUCACUGGGACCAGACUGCUGCUGCCACAGGGCGUCUCACAUCCUACCAACCUAAUAUACAGGCCAUACCCAAACUGCCAGUCACCAUUGGAGGACUUAAGACCUGCUUCAUUCCAGACAAGGAUAGCAAUUCAACAGUGGAGAUAUAUGCCCGAGAUCCGUUUGUAAGCAGACCAGGGUACACAUUCAUAGCUGCAGACUUUCAGCAGAUAGAGUUACGACUUCUGGGUCACCUGGCUGAUGACCCCAUGCUACUCAAGCUGUUCAACGACCCGGACAUUCCUGAUAUAUUCACUCCACUUACGGCUCAGUGGUUGGGUAAGGCGGUGGAGAGUAUCACAAGCACAGAGCGGGAACAGACUAAGAGAGUGGUCUACUCCAUCAUGUAUGGAGUAGGCAAAGAAAAGCUUGCAGAGUAUCUGAAGAUAUCUGCUGACAAUGCAAAGGCGAUCAUGGCCAGCUUCCUAGUGAAGUUCCCAGCAGUUGGACAGUUCACAAAGUCCUGUCUUGAGUUUUGUCGGAAAAAUGGAUACACGUGCAGUAUAUUCAGACGGCAUCGUUUGUUCCCGAACAUUAGCCACAGUAACCAUGGACUGCGAGCCCAGGCAGAGCGACAGUGUGUCAACUUCUGUGUCCAAGGAUCUGCAGCAGAUGUCUGCAAGGCUGCCAUGCUGAAAGUGGAGGGGGCCCUUGCAGAAAACCCCAACCUAGACGCCAGGCUGCUGGUUCAAAUCCAUGAUGAGCUCUUGUUAGAGGCAGAGGACAGCCAGCUCAAAACAGUCAUUGACUUGGUCAAGUCAGUGAUGGAGGAGGAGAAAAAGUUUCCAGGCUUCACGUUAAAAGUUCCUACCCCUGUGUCAAUAUCAACUGGCAAAAAGUGGGGCCAUCUGUCGCUUGUUGAACACCCUGUGUAAGGCUGACUGUAUUAAAAAGGGAAACUGAACUAUUGUGGCGGUCAGGCCUGCUUCUCUGACAGAACUAUUGUACGAGUUGUAGGGACAUACAUAAAAAGAUGUUUUCACUUGAAAGACAAGCUGUGGAAUCAAU